AUGGGAAAAUAUUCAAAAUAUUUGGAAUAUCUGGAAGACGGGAAGAUGCGAUGCUUGAUUUGUCAACACACUUUCAGCAAACAGAAAGACUCGUGUACAACAGUUUUGAACUACCAUUUCAAGAAGAAACAUCAAAAAGAGUGGAACGAUAUAAACGGGAUUUGUGAUGAUGAGGAGGAGCCAGCGGCAAAGCAUCCAAGGGCAACUGCAAAUUCACCAGAAGAUGUGAGAGCUUCAAAAAUCAAUCGCGCGUUUAUGCAAUUGGUUGCUGGAGCAUCCCUGCCAGUGAACUUGCUAGAACAUCCUGCAUGGAAAAACUUUUGCAAAGUUGCAAUUCCAAAAUUCCAAUUCAACUCCCUAUUUCAACAGUCAGAACUUCAAAGUUUGUAUAUUGAGUACGAAUCGAAGAUUAGGCAUGAUUUAUUGAAAGUGUGGCAUGUGUCAAUUGGUAUUGAUGAAUGGGCAGACAGUGAGCAGCGAGGAGUUGUUGUUUUCUAUCUAGAACACAAUCAGUGGACACAUCGAGUUCUUGGAAUUGUCGAAAAUUCUCCGGAAAAAAAUGCUGAAGAACAAAUUGAAGACAUUUUGCAAUCUUUUGAUUUAAAAGGUAAAAUUUGUUCAGUCAUUGUCAGAGGUUCGAAGACUUUCAAACUGGAUUUUCCGCUUUUUGAAUGCCUGGAAAACAACCUAAAUUUCGCUAUAAACGAAGGAUUUGACAAGCUGUCAACUUUUCAAAAUGUCUAUGACAAAAUCCAAGAUAUUGUCGACAGGAAAGAAGAAACCAGUGAACAAUUUGGGGUUGAGAAAAUACGAUGGAUGACAAUUCAUGAUUUAUUCGAAAGAGCUCUCCAACUCCGCGAGGUUAUCAACUUUUUGACAGAAGAAAAUAUUCAUAAGAUCACGAGCAGCGAUUGGGAUACUGCGGAGUCUGUAGUUUCGAUUCUUCAACCAAUUGUGGAUUCAACUGUCUUGAUUCAAAAAAGUGGCAUGACGAGUAGUGCAAUCAUUCCCCUUUGUAAGGUUUUGAUACGAGAAUUACACGAUAUGAAGGAGAAUCCAAAUGUUUCCGAACCGAUUGUAAAACAGAUUGAAGUGGAGUUGAAGCAAUAUGAGUCAAAUGAGUUUCUUCAGUUUGGGAUGAUGCUCGACGUUCGGUUUAAGGAUUGUUUCGCCGAGGAUGAAUGGAAAAAUAAGUUCUCUCAAUUUCUUCUAGAUCGAUGUGAUGAAGAUGACGAACAUGUCACAGAAGUUGCUGCCGUUAAAGAAGACCCAUUUUCCCGAUUCAUAAAUGCCCAAAGGAUUGAUAUUAACAGGACAAGAGGCAAUCGAAAAGAGCAAAUACUCCUUGAGUUGCAAAAAUGGUUUUUGGAUGGAACGAAUAUGAAUGAAAAUCCGAUCGAAUGGUGGGCAAGAUCAGCCAGUAAAGAAGCCUAUCCCAUUCUUCAUCGAUUCCAUUUGAACUAUUUGAAUGCCCCAGCAAUGGGUGCUGCAACUGAGAACCUGUCUUCUACUGAUCUUGCUGGAUUGAAUGAUAACAGAAAACUAUUGAACUCUGAUGAUUUUUCAAAGUUUUUAUUUUUACAACAAAACCUUCGACUAAUGGGUUAUGGGGGUCAAGAAUGUUAA